GUAUUAAUUAGCCCGGAGCGCAUAAGAAGCGGUCGUGUCGGCAAAUAUUUUAUAAUUCAUAUUUAAUUUUGCUAUUCAACUCUAAACUGCAAUGUAAACAAGACUGAGUCUGUUUGAGAUUGAACCACGUGAGUGAAUUAAGUUCUUACACUCCUGAGCAACAGUGAGUACCUCCUUACAUAACAAUAAACAAAUCAUCCACUAUGAGCGUACAACGAUCUCCUCCAACUGGAAGUGACACUUUGUCUGUGCGAAGUGGAUCCUAUCCUGAUUUACCAAGCAAAACCGUAUGUCAAGAUACACCAGAGGUACAAAAGACUUUCCGUAACAAACGAAAGUUAGGUAGUGACUACGAGGAAAUAAUGACGGAAUUUUCGGAGAUGAAAAAACAGAUAACAACGGUUCAAAAUCAGAUGAGCGAAAUGAUGACAUAUUUAUCUACUAUGGUUAAUAUGCAAACAGACAAUUUUAAAAAACUUAAUGUAGAUGUGUCAGUUAUUAAACAACAAAUGCAUGACAUUAAGUUGAACUCCGACACGUUAUCUGUAGAACAGGCUAAAUUAAAACUAGAUAUAGACAACUUAAAAAUAAAUAAUAACAUAACUGAAAAGAAAAUCGAAUCGAUUGAAUCUAGCCUACAGCAUGAUAAUACUUCCCUGAACCGUUUCUCCAUGUCAGAUACACGAGAAGAAUUAGUAGCUGAACUUAGUGAAAGAAACCUGAGGAGCAGAAAUAUAAUAGUGAUGGGUGUCCCCGAACCAAAAGCUGAUAAUCCAAAGGAAAGACGAGAAGAAGAUAUGAAUGCGAUCCUUAACAUCCUUAGAAAUAUCUUAGGUCUUAAAGAUAUUCCCGACCCCGAUAAAAUCUAUCGCUUGGGUAAAUAUCAAUCAAGUAGGCAGAGACAUAUGAAAGUGUGUUUUACAUCUCAGGAAACAGCAACAUUAAUACUGAAAAGUAAACAAAAUCUAAAUGACAAUAACAUUAAAAUAUUUUCCGACCAAACACCCCAACAACAGGAUAACAUGAAAAUGUUAAAAUACGAACUUGAACAGCGCACGUCAAGCGGUGAAGAAAAUCUUUGCAUAAAAUACAUCAGAGGAAUUCUAAAAAUAAUAAAAGAAGUUCCAAAAAACCCCAACCAGCACUUUCUACACACAAAGUCGUAGAAAAUUUUAAGUCAAUCAAACUACUAGCAAAUACACUGAAAUAAUAAUUAAUAAGAAAUCCCUAAAAUGUUUCUACGCUAAAAUAUGGAAUUUAAUAAACACACUGUCACACAACAAAAUAAAAGAUAUCUUGGUUUCAGCCAAACUCCAGACAGAUACAAGAAAUAUACGAAUACUUCAACCAAUAUUUUUCAACAAUCGGAGCAUCUCUAGCAAACGAGAUACCAAUAAAUUUUCAUUCCCAUACCACCUCGAAUACAACAAGAUUAGACCAACAUACACAGAAACUGAUGCAACUAACACCUACGACUGAGGAAGAGGUUACCAAGAUUAUCGAUAAUCUAAACUUAAAAAUAGCGUCAGGUAUAGAUGGCAUAAACACCAAAUCUAUUAAGUGCGUCAAGAAGCUUAUUGCCCUUGAGCUCACAAAAUGUAUUAAUAAGUGGCUUGAAAUUGGUAUCUUCCCCUGUAGUCUCAAAAUAGCGAAAGUCACUCCUAUACACAAAUCUGGAAAUAAAUCCAACUCUGGCAAUUACCGACCAAUUUCAGUUCUCUCAGUACUCUCUAAGGUAUUUGAGAAAAUUUUAUACAACCAUCUUGAAACUUUUCUGACCUCGAUUCAAUUCCUUUAUAACAAGCAGUACGGUUUUAGGCGCAAAUCGAACACCUUAUCAGCAACUGUAGAUUUGACCACUAAAAUAAAAACUAAGAUUGAUGAAAAGCAUAUCGUGUUAGGCAUAUUCAUAGACCUAAAAAAAGCGUUUGAUACCGUGAGUCAUGAUCUGCUUUUGGAAAAGUUGAAACAGAUUGGCAUCGCGGGUGUCGCAUACGCAAUGAUAAAAUCUUACUUAACAAAUCGCAUUCAGGUAGUUAAAAACGGUAAUUUCCAGAGCCAGCAAAAACUUGUAACAUACGGCGUG